AUGGGUAUGGUUUUUGGUAAACUCAGGGUGGAAACACCGAAAUUCGAAGUGGUAAAAUCGACAGCCGACUACGAGAUACGUCAAUACCCACCAUCGGUGGUGGCAGAGAUCACCUACGACCCAACUCAAUUCAAAGGGGACAAAGACGCUGGGUUUUCGAUUCUAGCCAAGUACAUCGGCGUAUUUGGCAACCCACAGAACACGAAGCCGGAAAAGAUCGCGAUGACUUCACCAGUAAUAACGAAGGCGGAAAAGAUAGGGAUGACUUCGCCGGUUGUGACAAAGGGAAACGUAGGAAGGGUGACGAUGCAGUUCACGCUGCCGGAGAAGUACAAAAAGGCGGAGGAGGCGCCGAAGCCCGUAGAUGAGAGGGUGGUGAUAGCGGAGGAGGGAGAGAAGAAAUAUGCUGUGGUGGGGUUUAAUGGGGUGGCGACGGAGGGAGUUGUAACGGAGAAGUUGGAGAAGUUGAAGAAGGACUUGGAGAGAGAUGGGUUUAAGAUUGCAGGGGAGCAUGUAUUGGGAAGGUACAAUCCGCCGUGGACUUUGCCUUAUUUUAGGACCAAUGAAGUUAUGGUUCCGGUAGAAUAA